GAGGUCUAAGAAUUCAGAGUGGGGAUACCGGGUGGGGUCAAAACAAAGUCGGGCCAGAUGACCACGUGGUUGACGUCACACCGGGCAAUUGACUCCCUUUCGGUUGCGCUAUCAGAUGGAUACUUGAGUCAUCCCUCAUCCUGAUCCAUACAUCGUCAACAGAGAGCAACCUGAACUCAGACUGGUGAUACAGGGCCCUAGCUGUGUCAGCAGUGUUUUGAUUAGCUGGAAUGUCCACCAACGCCUCUCAGGCAUUUUGGAUAUGUCAUGAGUGCGGUGCACAGAUGCGACCGCUCACGGUAGACGGCGUAUCUCAUUGUGCGUCAUGUAAUGGCGAGUUCAUCGAAAUCCUCGACUCGAACAUCAAUCCCGAUCCAUAUUUUGAGCUCCCACCCCCUCCACCAAUACGUCCCACUGGGCAAGAGCCUCCAUCUCAACACAAUCCAGGCCUGGCCGAAGGCAACUUCAUGUCCUCCCUAUUUGGCAAUAUAUUCGGAGCUGCCGUGAGGGAUCCAGGUGGUAGUGGUCAACAGCCGGGUAGUCAACGACCAGGAAGCCCUAGCUCUGCUCUUGGUACCAGUCCGGGUCGAUCAUCCGGGAGUAGUGGCGGGAGGGGCCGGACUCUUAAUUUCAACUUGCCGGGCGGCGGACGUGGCCAAGUCAUGUUCGGCUCGUUUGGUGGGAAUGGUAUUGGCAUAGGUGCGAUUGGAUCGGGAGACGAUGGUGGACUAGGCAUGCCUGGAUCUGGGGGAGAUCUCGCAUCAUUUUUCCCUGGGUUCGGACCUCCGCCUCAUCUACAGCGGGGUGGAAACCGUCACUUUCAGCCUCUUGGCCAGAACGAUGCAAUGUCACCAGACGAGUUGAUUCGAUCCAUGCUCGCGGCUCUGACAAUUGACGGAGACAUGCCGCAGAUUCACGGUAUCCCUGGCCGCGCGAAUCUUGGCGACUACGUCUUGUCUCAGCAGGGCUUUGAUCAGGUACUGGAGCAGUUGAUGAGAGCAGCUGGACCUCAAGGACCACUCCCAGCGUCGGACAUAGUAAUCAACGGUCUGCCAAAAUUCAAGUUGACGGAAGAGAGUCUGGAGACAAGCCAGUUCAAGGACUGUCCAGUAUGCAAAGAAGAGUUUACAGUCGGGGAAGAAGUCAAACGGAUACCCUGCAAACACAUUUUUCAUCCGGAUUGUGUAGACCCUUGGCUCAAAGUCAAUGGUUCCUGUCCAGUCUGCCGUUUCUCCCUUGUACCCGACGAGAGCAAUGGCCCACCGCGGACUACAGGCACGGAUACCGACUCCCCGGACACUGAGACUCGUGAUCCGCAACAAGGAUCAUACGUCAGCAACGUUCUCAGACGGCUAUGGGGUCAGACUGGCACGAACAGCGAUCCAAGUUCUCCCACUACCGAAGACCCCCCGGAUGCGGCAGGUGAGGCUACCGCAGUUACGACUUCUGGUCGCGUGCCAUCAGAAUCCCCGCCUCCAGCUUCCGCAGCCCCCCAAGCGGCCUCCGGGGAACCGGUGGUACGACUCAGCACUGAUAUUCCGGCAGAGUAUACCGAAAGGCAUCGGAGGAGGGAAAGAGAAGCUCGCGAGUCGCUGCCUGACGAAGAUUUAGACUGAAGGCUGCAAGUAUAAGUUCAGAGUCAGUCCUGCCGUUGUAACCAUGCUAUGAGCCAUCUGUGAUAACAUGUGUAUGACAUC